AGGUUGUUGCUAGCAACCAGACGCCUAUCUGACUGUCAAGUCGUUGUUUUCACGCUCUGCAGUCAUUGAUCCGGGGGUCUGUGCAGGUUGAUAGCUGCCAGAGACAUCGGAAGAACUGCGGCAUGGCGAUCCGAAAGGCAGUCAAAGGAACUGCUGCCGUAGCAAGUGGAGGCUUGGUAGCCUUUUAUGGCCUUACACAGCUGACCGAAUACAGGAAAAGACAGGCCCGACUCUCGCGCGUGGAGGCGGUUGAACAGGUGAACAUGGCCUUCCAAGAUGAGCUCCCGUCCAGGCAAGCCCAGCUAACGGCUUUACGCACCACCCAGGAGUUUGAUGUUCUCGUUGUAGGGGGAGGAGCCACGGGCUCAGGUUGUGCCUUGGACGCUGUGACACGGGAUCUUAAAACUGCCCUGGUGGAGCGAAACGAUUUCUCAUCUGGGACCAGCAGCCGGAGCACCAAGCUCAUUCACGGAGGAGUCCGAUAUCUACAGAAAGCCAUUGUGAAAUUAGAUUACGAACAGUAUAUGAUGGUGAAGGAAGCACUGCAUGAGCGUUCCAACCUCCUGAAUAUCGCCCCUCAUCUGACUGCACUUUUACCCAUCAUGCUCCCCAUAUACAAGUGGUGGCAGCUUCCCUACUACUGGGCAGGGAUCAAGAUAUACGACCUGGUGGCUGGAGCCCAGUGCUUGAAGAGCAGCUACAUCCUCACCAAGACCAAGGCUCUGGAGCUCUUUCCUAUGUUGAAGAGAGACAAACUGGUCGGAGCCAUUGUCUACUAUGAUGGACAACACAACGACGCUCGAAUGAACCUCGCCAUCGCCCUCACUGCUGCCAGGUAUGGGGCUGCCAUAGCCAAUUACACUGAAGUGGUGCACCUACUGAAGAGGGUAGAUCCUCAGAUGGGCAAAGAGAGGGUCUGUGGAGCGCGCUGCAGGGACGUGAUCACAGGGCAGGAAUUUGAUGUCAGAGCCAAAUGUGUUAUCAAUGCCACGGGACCUUUUACCGAUGCAUUGCGGAAAAUGGAUGAUCAGAAGAACCCCAACAUCUGUCAGCCCAGUGCUGGGGUGCACAUCGUCAUCCCGGGCUAUUACAGUCCAGACAACAUGGGGCUCCUGGACCCAGCCACCAGCGACGGACGCGUCAUCUUCUUCCUGCCCUGGGAGAAGAUGACCAUCGCCGGGACCACGGACACGCCCACGGAGAUCACACCGCACCCCAUCCCCAUGGAGGAGGACAUCAACUUCAUCCUCACGGAGGUCCGCAACUACCUCAGCCCCGAUGUCGAAGUGAGGAGAGGAGAUGUCUUGGCAGCCUGGAGUGGUAUUCGUCCGCUGGUCACAAACCCCAACUCCAAGGACACUCAGUCAAUCUGCAGGAAUCAUAUUGUCCACAUCAGUGACAGCGGACUGGUCACCAUCGCUGGUGGGAAAUGGACAACAUAUCGCUCCAUGGCGGAGGAUACCCUGGAUGCUGCAGUCAAGGCCCAUAACCUUUCUGCUGGCCCCAGUAAGACAGUGGGCCUGAUGCUAGAGGGAGCUAAAGACUGGACUCCUACCAUGUACAUCCGCCUGGUACAGGACUAUGGGCUGGAGGUGGAGGUGGCCCAACAUCUGGCCUCUUCCUACGGAGGGAGGGCUUACGAGGUCGCCAAAAUGGCCCAUGUCACCGGCAAACGAUGGCCCAUUGUCGGCAAACGCCUCGUAUCUGAAUUCCCCUACAUUGAGAGUGAGGUCCAGUAUGCCAUUAAAGAGUAUGCGUGCACGGCCAUUGAUGUGAUUGCCAGGCGCACGCGGCUGGGCUUCCUGAACGUGCAGGCGGCCGAGGAGGCCCUUCCACGCAUCGUAGACAUCAUGGGAAAACAGCUGACGUGGAGUGAGCAGAGGAAGAGGGAGGAGCUAUCUGCAGCCAAACAGUUCCUGUAUUAUGAGAUGGGCUACAAGGCUCGCUCAGAGCAGCUGACCGACACCUCCGAGAUCACCCUCACGCCUGCUGAGGUGGGCAGGUAUAUGAAAAGGUUCCACAAGUUUGACAAAGAAAAUAAGGGCUUCAUCACCACCGUGGAUGUUCAGCGGGUAUUAGAGAGUAUCAAUGUCUAUAUAGAUGCAGACACCCUCCAUGAAAUUCUGAAUGAAGUCGACCUCAAUAAAAAUGGACAAGUGGAAUUUAAUGAAUUCUUGCAGCUGAUGAGUGCUGUGAAGAAGGGCCAGGUGUCGGCCAACCGUCUGGCCAUACUGAUGAAGACGGCUGAACAGAGCCUGGACCAGACAGAGCCCCUCGAGCAGAGGGAACCUGUCGACCAGAGGAAGCCUGUGUCGGUGGACCGUAGCGGGGGAGGAGUGUGAGACUCAGCCCCCCUGGCCCUGGUUCUUCCUCCGGACGAUCCUGGUCACACAACUCUGGGACCGUAUGUAUUGCACCUCAAAGUAUGAGUGCCGAUUUAGGAUCAGUAUUGCGUUUUAGAUAAGGUAAUAUGGAUGGAGGGACCUGAUCCUCGAUCAGCACUCCCACGCAGAGAUGCUUGAUGCAUACGGCCCUGCUCCAGCCUGGUCGCCACAGAUCUAUGUGCUUUAAACAACCCUUCUGACUUGUAUGUUGCCAUGGUCAUGUCAUGUGAUAUCAUAUCAUAGGUGUCAUGUAUGACAUGACAACGGAAGUCACAAGGGUUGGCUAAAGCUCAUAUGGUAUUGUAUACAGACCUGGACAACCCAAAGGUACUGAAGCUCAUUAUCUUAUGUCUUCCAUGGGAGUUGCUCUGCUGACACAGGCAUUUUCUAUCACUGCAUCAACACACAUGUAGCCGAUGCCUCGCCUUGAAUCUUACAAACUUGCUUCCAUAUUUAUUGAGAUAUUUAUUGAGAUAUGAAAUGAGUAAUUAUUGGGACACUGUUGUUUAUUUCAAUGUAUUUAUUUAUUGUUCAUUUUUACACAUUUCAACAACAACAACAACAACACAAUUCUUAAUGUAUGAUGUUACUGUGGUUUUUAACAUUGCCCAAGAGCGUACAACUGAAUGUUAGAUACAAUGCAAAGUGAUGUGCAGCUUACGUUGACGACUUGAAUUGCACUCAUUGUGUUCUUCAAAAAGGGUUUUGUUGUGUACCGUACUCCUGUGCCAUUUUAUACAUUUUAGAUACUGACAAUCUAACGGGAGGCAUUUUGUACAAAUAGUGUUUGCUGGAUGUUGUGAGUUUUGACCGCACUUUCAGCAAAGUUCUAUGGUCCACAUUUAAGUAAUGCAAUUUAAUUGUUCUAUUCGAUGCAAGGCUUAAUUGGAAAAUGAUAGCAUUUUUCACUCACUGCCAUUUACAUCUAUAUUUUAUCCCUUUCAAAUGGACUCUAAAUGCUAGAUAUUUAUUAUAUUCAUUUAGUCGACGUCAAAUGAGAUACAAAUCAACAGUGAGCAUCUUUAAAUAUUCCACAGUAGGUGCAUGUGAUUGGUUCCUGGAAACGUUAUUGUCUUGCAUGAUUUUAUUAUGCUGAAUGGGAUGAAGUGUUGUGUUUGAUGCUGGCUUUUAAUUUCUGGAUCUGUCUGUGCACUUGGUGUUUUUAUGACUAUUAAUUUAUUACUUAUGGUUUGUCUGGUUAGCCACUUGCAUUUAUAGAGUAAUAAGGGAAUGUAUUUAAUGUGCCUUGCUUUCAGAUCCAGUGCGAAUUGAGAGCAUGAAUCAACAGAGCUGAUUAAACCAUACCCUUCCUGGC